ACAAAUUAUAUUUAAUAACAUUUUCUAUUUUUGUUGUAAUUCUUUGAAGUAUAUGUAAAAACAUAAACGGACGAAACAGACAGUCUGAGGAUUCAAUUUACGAAAGACCAUAGAUGGAAAAAUAAGAUAAAACAACUGCAAUAAUAAUUUGUUACGGAUAAUAAAAUUUUACUAUAAGAGGACCUGUGAGAGAGAGAGUUAAUAUAAUAAUAUGUCGUGCAACGUUUUAUAUAUAACUUGAAAAUUGUGUACAUAUCAUCAUGUUCAGGAGAUCAAUAUUUUUGCUUGCUUUUUUGGUUAUAGUACUGUACUUUUCGAUUAUUUUAUCGAUGUUAAAUCCUCUAAAUGGAGAUAAAAGUUCCUACUAUAGAAAGUCAUAUGCGGGCCACUUGGGGCUGAUCAGACGAACACCGACAGUGAAGUGGUGUAGAGAACUGCAGUGGCAAUCACCACCAUCUCCUAAUGUGGUGGCCCUCGUGUCUCACCCGGGGAGUGGAAACACAUGGCUCAGAUACCUUCUGCAGCAAGCAACAGGCAUUUUAACUGGAUCAAUAUAUAUGGAUUACGGACUACGAAUGCAUGGAUUUCCCGCAGAAAAUGUAACAGAUGGAUCGGUGUUAGUAGUGAAAACCCACGAGCUUCCGCCUGCAGACCCACCUAAGUUUAUGUCAGCGGUUCUGUUGAUACGAAACCCCAGGGAUGCUAUACUGGCAGAUUUUAACAGACUUCACAAAGGUCACAUAGGCACAGCAUCAAAAUCUGCCUUCAGGAAGAGGACAGAAGGUCAUAGUAGAUCAGACUGGGAAACAUAUGUCUUCAACCAGCUGAGAAUAUGGGAGCAUUUACACUGGAGCUGGCUCCACAACUUCUCUGGGCCAGUGCAUAUAGUUUUUUAUGAAACUUUGGUGGAUGACACACAGUGCACUUUAGGUGGAAUACUGAAUUUCCUGAACCAAACUGUAUCAGAAGAACAUAUGGAGUGUACAGUUGUCAAUAAAGAAGGUAUCUACAGGCGACAGAAGAAGCUUCACAACUUUGAACCUUUCACACAAGAAAUGUACGCAGCCAUAGAUGUUGUCAAAAAGAGAGUUCAAUUUAUGGUGCAAGACUAUAGAAAAAGAAACAAUUGUACAAGCUCACAUUAACAUUUUCCAAGAAAAACAAAAAGAAGUUACUUAUAACAGCUGAUGAUGAUGAAUUAUAGCUAAGAACAAUGUAUGUACUACAUUCAAUUUGAUUGACCGAUUUGGGAGUUACUAUAACAGAGUCAGACAGACACGUAAAUAUAUAAUACUCCAUUAUUUGCAUCAGGGUUAAAGACUUAUAGAGUAUAGACAAUACAAUAGCAGUGAAAUUUUAUACCAGUCAUCUUGAAGGAGUGAGAUUCAUAUUUGAAUGUUAAAAUGGUUACUGGUAGGUCCAAAUGUUAGUACUUUUCUUGUCAGUAAAAUUUGUUUAAAGCGUCAUUUUAUAAAUGAUCUGCUUCUGUCCACGUUAUACCAUCGAGAAUAUUGAUUCCUAGGCAAUUGAUAGAUCAACGUCAUUUGG